GAAUGAUCCUUUCCGAAGCCGGAACGCGCCGUCACACGGAGGGAGGGGAGAGGGAAUGGGUUGCGGCGAGUCGGCGUCACUGCUUCUGCUGCUCCUCCUCGUCUUCAUCAACAGUGCGAUUCCGAUCGCCGCUGGUCAAUCGAGUGGACUGUGUGUUUCUCCUGGUGGCCGCUUCCCAGCAUUUUCAACUGAUGGUAAACCUCCCAGAAAAGUAAACAAGGGACCUAAGGAUCUUACAUUGUGUAGAAUAUUUCGCCAAAAUACAUGUUGUGAUGUGGCCCAAACAUAUCCUGCUUUCCUACUGAUAAGAAGACUGGCUUCUGCUGGAGAAGGCAGCCAAGAAUGUUUGCAUUUGUGGGAACUGUUGGAGUGCUCUAUCUGUGAUCCACGUAUCGGUGUUCAGCCUGGACCACCUAUAGUUUGUGCCUCUUUCUGUGAUAUGGUUUUUCAGGCAUGCUCGAGUGCAUAUUUUUCCAUUGAUGCCAAGACUCAGGCUUUGUCACCUUGUGGCUUAAGCGACACUAUUUGUGGUAGAGCUACAGAAUGGGCCUCUAAUGGUACAGAGCUCUGCCACUUUGCAGGUUUCGCUGUUCAGCCAGAUAGGCAAAGCAUAGAGGGACAUGAUGAGCCAUUUUGCUAUGGAGGAAAAGCAAGUCUAGAAUCUAUUUCCCAUUCAUGGAAAUCUCCACAAUCUAGAUCACGGUCAAGAACUUCAAACUUAUGGGUGCUUGAAGAUUUUCAGCAAUGGGUGAGAGACAUGCCAAUCAGUGAAAAAGUUUUUUGGGCUGUAGGAGGGAUGGUUCUUACUGCAGGACUUCUUCUAAUAAGCAAGAGAAAGGGCUACUCGCACCGACAUAAGCAAGCAGCCAUCCGUCGCACUGCUAAAAGGCUAGAAGCACGGAUCAACCAGCAGUCCUCAACUACAAGGAAAUAGGUAGUAUCAGUUGGAUCUACCCAUUAUUGUGCAGUGAUUUUGCAAUGACAUGUUUUAUAACGGGUUGCAUCUUUAUCGUGCCAUGUACUGGUUGAUUAUCCUUCUCACUUUUUAGACUCUUACGCCCAGGCUCAACAGUUGUAGGAUGUAGUCAGGUCAGGCAUAGGAUGUCGGUGGAGUUGUAAUCAUUUUAAGCGUUGCACCCUCUCAUAUGAAUUGUGGGGCUUGUUCCUUACCAAAUUCAGCAGCGGAUUUUUUUUUUGUGUUUGUUA